AUGGAUACCUCAAUUGCUUCUGAGGAUACCCGAGCUGGGGGACGCUCCCGUCGUGUCUCGCUCCCGCCUGCGUACCUGCGAGCGUCAUACCAGUUGACGAUGCCGCGAGGUCGACUGUCCAACGGGAACCGUGGGGCGCCCUUACCCAAGAGCCUGAGCUUCCGCAAGAAGGGGAAGGAGGUGGUGCAGCCAGAGGAAGAUGACGGCACUGGGGCGGAGAGUGCAGAUUCGUCCGAGCGCAGCGAGGAUGAGGACGAGGAAGGCGGAGACACGUCGGCAUCAGGAUCAGGCGAAGAAUCAGCCGAGCCCGCUAAGGGGGGGAAGACGGACGACGAUGGGCGUGCGGGACCAUCCGCGGCCAACGCUGACACUCGCGCUAAUCACGACGUGGACGGACUGGUGGGACCCACACGCUGGGACACAGUGGACGCCAACAGCGAUGACGUGCGCAUACCGAGCCGUAUCCUCGAGCAACUCAUUCAGGCUCAGGACAAGAGCGCCAAGGAGAACGCGCGGUUGGAGGCGCUGUUCUUGAAUGCGAUGUCUCGGCCGUCCAGUGGCUCUCAUAUGCGCACGGCCAGGUCUCCUAUUCUGCAGCGCGCCUUGGAGCAUUUGCCUGCGGACAAGGCGUGGAAGCGGGUGUGCGAGCUGGCCAGGGUGCACAUGUUUCUCAACAGGCCGACGUCGAUGAUGACCUUCUACCCGAGCAGCGACGACAAGACACACGGGGUGUGUGCGGUGCUGGACCGCCUGCCGCAUAGCUUCGCCUGUUUGGCGUUGGCGGCUGACAAGUCGCGUCGCGCUGAUCUCAACAAGACACUCUCUGAGUGGAAGACGCGGGCUGCCGCCCGCGUGCGCGACAUUGCACUUCCCAAGCUCGGCUUGUUCCGCGACGAUCGGGACGCAUCCAGCCCAUGGGCACCGGAGAAGGAACGCAGUAUUGAGAAGAUCCGGGAGCGCAUUGGGUUCGGCGCUGACCCCCCUGACCGGGAUGGCAUGCCGUUCGCCUCUCGGGCGUUCGCGACAUGUGCGAAGGCUGCAUUCAGGCCCAAGAAGGCCGGCCUGGUGAUGACGCUGAAGGUGUACCACCUGGCCUGGUUGGAGCAUGUGGUCUCCGACUGCGUCCUCUACUGGGAGCAGAGGAAAGGCCGGCUUUCCAACUCGGCCGGCGGAAACGCCCACGUUGUGGACGGCCUCAAGGUCCUGGUUAAGGAGGCCGUGGAGAGGGCGAUCAGGAUCCGCAACCCGGAGUAUGACGCGGAGCGGGAGGCGUGGAUCUGGGGGCGCCAUGGUCUGCGCAUCUCUGCGUGCGGCCUGGAGCACAUGAGGCCCGCCGGCGCAGCCCAGCCGGAGGAGCCAGUGGGGGACGACGACCUUUCGGCAUCCGUGGGGGAUGAGUAG